UCUCUCUCUAAACCUCUUUCGUAACUCUCUGUACCCUCUGUACUACCUUCCAAUAUCGCUCUCCCCUCCUCUCUCUCUCUCUCUAAACCUCUCUCGAACUCCCUAUACUUUCUCUAACUUCUUCGAAUCUCUCUCUCUCUCUCUCUCUGAACCAAAAACUGGGUUUUUCUAUGGGUUAGUAGGGUGCUUCUUCCUUCUCUCAUUUUGCACUAUAGCUCUCUCUAAUUCUUCUCUGUCUAUCUGUAAACAAAAACUGGGUUUUCCUCUUCAUUACUGGUGCUUUUCUGAGGCUGUUGUCAAGUUUUGUCUCUUGCUUUGUGGAGUUGCUGAGCAAAGGUAUAAAGAAGUAACCCAACUGCUUCAAAUUGAAGUGAAUUAGAGUUUGAGAGUUCCUGGCAUCUGCCAGUAAAACAAAGGAAAAUCCUAUGAAAUUGGAGGAAAGUUAUCAAUUUCCCUGGUGUUAUUCUAGCUUCAAAUUGGGUUUGGCUAAUUCUUAGAAGGAAAACAAGAGAUGGGUUGUUCCACUUCAAAGGUCGAUGAUGAGGAAACCGUACAACUCUGCAAGGACAGAAAGAAAUUUAUCAAAGAAGCAGUGGAGCAAAGAAUUCUCUUUGCCACUGGUCACAUAGCGUAUGUUCAAGCUAUUAGAAGGCUUAUAGAUGCGUUGAAUAAUUUCGUAGAGCUAGAGAAAGAAAGUAAUCGUGAGAUUCUCUUUGGAUCACCAAUACCUAUUUUCACACCAGUGAAAGGGACUCCGAUCUCAUUAUCUUCGACCCCAUCAAAACCAUACGAUGGAGCUUCACCUGUCAUGAAUUACAUGAGAUCAGGAGGAACUUCAGCAGUUACAAUGGAGUUAGAGACAGAACCAAUUCACGAGAUUCACUUUGAAUCUCCAAUACACAUCUUCACACCAGUGAAGAAGUCUCCUCUUUCAUUUUCUCCUACCCCAUCAAAGCCCGAUCAUGGAACUCCACCUGUUAUGAACUACUUAAGAUCAGGAGGAGGAAAUUCAGCAGUUUCUAUGGAGGAGAGGCCUCAAUCUCCAGAGACUUCUAGAGUCGAAUCCUACUCUCUAGGAAUCGAAGGUUUCUUUUCAAUGAAUUCUCCUCGGAAUUCGUAUUACUACCCUUCCCCGUACAGCAGAGAGGGUUAUCAACCCUACCCAUCACAAUCCCCAGCUCAAGCUUCUCCAUGGGACUUUUUCUGGGAUCCGUUCGCUUCAUUGGACUUGUCAUCCUACCCUUCACGGAACAGUUCUUAUUCCCAAAUGCUUGAUGAUGAAACCAGGGGGUUCAGACAAGUCAGGGAAGAAGAAGGGAUUCCUGAAUUAGAAGAUGAAAGAGAUAAUGUUGGUGUUGCAGAAGAGAAAGAGAUUUCAGCUGGUAAGAGAAGAGAAGAAGAAGCUACUGCUGAUAAACCAUUCUCUUCUGAGAAUAACAUGGCUUCUAAAACUGAAGAGGUUAGUGAGAGAAGUAAUGGUUCAAAAGAUGGUGGAUCUUUUCCUGAAGAAGCACCUAAGGAGCCAUCUCCAAAGGUGGAAACUGAACAUCAAAUGAAAGGUCUCUUAUCUCAGGGUACUGAGAGUGUUGGAGUAUCAGAAGCGCAAAACACUGGGGAAGUCGAGGUGAGAGAUGGACAAGAAGAGGUGGCUAAUGAAGAAGUCCCAGAGGGGGUCCCUGAAUUUACAGCUUUUUUGAACCACAGAGCUACAUGUUUGGCUGAGCUUGUAAAAGAAAUAGAGCAUCAGUUCCUUAUAGUUUGUGAUUCUGCUAAUGAAGUUUCUACAAUGCUGGAGGCCAGCCGAGCACAGUACUCAGCAACUGCAAAUGAACUUUUAGCUAUGAAGAUGUUGAAUCCAAUUGCUUUAAUACGAUCAGCUUCUUCACGUUCUUCGUCUUCAAGAACUUUCCAAGCUUCUUCGAGUUCCCGAGAUGACAUGGAUGAUAGUAGUAGUGAUUUCUCUGAAGAGUCUUGCAUGCUUUCUGGGAGCCAUCAAUCCACAUUGGACAGAUUAUACGCAUGGGAGAAGAAGCUAUAUGAUGAAGUCAAGUCGGGUGCUCGCAUACGAAUAAAGUAUGAAAAGAAGUGUAUGCACUUGAGAAACCAUGAUGCAAAAGGCGAUGAUCCAUGGGCAGUGGACAAGACCAGAACAGCAAUAAGAGACCUCCAUACAAGGAUCAAAGUUUCGAUACAGUCAGUUGAGUCGGUGUCAAAGAGAAUCCAGACUUUGAGGGAUGAGGAAUUGGAGCCACAACUUACAGAGCUAAUACAAGGAUUGGCGAGGAUGUGGAAGGUCAUGGCAGAAUGCCACGAAGCCCAAAAGAGAGCCAUCUCCGAAUCGAAACUUGACCAUGUGAACCCCAGUGUUUCCUCUGAGCCCCACCGUAGAGUCACCAACAGGCUAGAAUCCGAGCUUCAAAACUGGCAAACAUGUUUCAGUAACUGGGUCUCUGCUCAAAGAGCCUAUGUACAAGCACUGAAUGGCUGGCUACUAAGGUGCAUACGUCUCGACCCUGAGCCUUCAAAGAUUCCGUUCUCUCCCCUUCGCUAUGGGGCCCCUCCAAUAUUUAGCAUUUGUAGGCAUUGGGCCAAUAUUUUUGAGAAACUCCAAGAAACCCAUGUGCUUGGGAGCAUAAAAGCUUGCUCGGAGAACAUGAGGACCUUAUCGGAGCAACAAUUUGAGGAGAUAAAGCAGAAGAAGAGAGCAGAUACUCUCGAAAUGAAGGUUAGAAAUGCAUAUAGGUCUGAGAGUCGGCGGAUGGAGAAGUUGACGUUUAGUCUGCCAGAUUCUGGCCAUGCAUUACCGGAAGCAGGUGCACUAUUGCCAGAAUCUGGCAUGGAAAGAAUUGAGAGCUUUAGGGUGCAACUUGACGAGGAGAAAAGGAGGCAUAGAGAAUUGAUGGAAAAGACAGCUGAGGACACAGUUGGUGCCUUGUGUUCAGGUCUUUCAGUGGUUUUUGAGGCUUUGGUUGAAUUUUCGGGCCUCUCAGCGCAAGGUUAUGAAGAGCUCGAAAAGCAAGCUAUAAAAGCAAAGCACUUGUACGAGUCAGGAAGGGUGCGUGCAUGAAGAUGGAAAGGGUUACUGUUUUUGUAAUUAUUUGGCAGGAGGCGUUGUUUGUGUAAUUAGUUUUGGUGGGUGGGGGUUGUUCAUUUGUACCCUUCUGAAAGUGACCAAGAUGCAUGCACUAGUUGUCCUAACAAGUUUAGUAAUGCAUGCACUGGUUGUUCUAACAUGGUUACUAGAAUAGAGAGAGCUGCAGGCUCUGCCUAUUCUAAGGUGGUUACUAGAAUCAGAGAUGCAUGCCCUCCUUGUUGAUGGUUAUGAAUGCAUUGAUUCUUUUAUUUUC